AUGGAGACAAGUACGGUCAGCCGCGCGGUGAAGAUCGGCCUUCACGCGUGCGGUGUCUGGCCGUAUCUACCGUCGACCGUUUUCUACCGAUUGUUCUGGAUAUUGAUGCUGAGCGCGCCUCAGAUUCUUCAGUAUCAGUACUUGGCAAUACAUUAUCAGGGUGAUGAUUUCUCCGACUUUAUGGAUGGAGUGAGUAGCGCCAUGGCAUACAGUCUACUGUUCAUCAAACUCACUAUUUUAUGGGUCAAUCAACGAACGUUUUCCGAUAUACUGCAAAUGAUGGCAUUGGACUGGAAGAAUUGUGUUUUGACUGACCACAGUCUGCGCAUUACGACGAACAAGGCCAAACUGUCGCGCCGUUUCUCAAACUGGAUCAUCGGUCUUCAAUUGACAGCAAUAGUUCUGUACAGUUGCGGCGUUCUCGCUGUAAACGCCGGUGAAAUUCCACGCAUGAAUGUGUCUGCGCGUGAGCAUAUUUUGAAAAUGAAGCUACCAUUCAAAGUUAACACAUCACCCAUUUAUGUGGCGGUUACGAUUCUUCAAUUUUUUCAUCUGGUGAUGUGCGGUUGUGGAAUUUCCAUAGUGAAUUCGCUCAUCGUCACUCUGUCAAUCGGUACACCCGAUGGCCCGCCAAUUUUAGUGAGGUCUGCGCUAUUCUAUGUGGUGAUGAAUCUCGAGACAUUCAUAUACUGUUUCGCCGGUGAAUAUUUGAGCGCCAAGAGCAAAAUGAUCGGAGAUGCAGCCUAUGAUUCUUUUUGGUAUGACGUUACGUUAAAAAAAAAUCGAAUUGUACUGCUCGUAAUUCUAAGAUCGCAAAAACGAUUGUCCAUCACGAUUGGAAAAAUUAUGGACCUCUCUUUAGAACGUUUUACUAGCAUACUGCAUGUGGGUGGGCAAAUCGAUAUUCUUCGUCGGUGGUUGAUGGAAAUUUUUUCGAAGGAACGGAAGCACCCGAGUCUUAGUACGAUAAAAAGAAUAAUUAGGAAACACCAGAGAAUAAUCAUCUUUUCAGGAUAUAUCGAAGACCUGUACUCGAGUGUCGCGAUGGUGGUGUUCGUGUCGGACACUCUAAUUAUCUGUUGCUUGGCCUUCAUACUCGUCACGAGCAAAAGCAUCGGAGAUGCCGCGUAUAAUUCUCUUUGGUACGAAGCGGAUUCCAAAGACAUUUGGAUUAUAUUAUUUCUGAUAAUGAGAUCGCAAACUGAAAUAACCAUUACAAUUGGAAAGGUGAUGAAUUUAUCUCUGGAACGAUUUACUGGUUUACUAAGAGCGUCAGCUUCCUAUGUAUCGGUUCUGCUCGCAAUGAACUGAAACAAAACUACAUCUUGUAUAUA